AUGCGUGACACGGAUAUCACGUUCUGCCUCUUCCCUCUCGGAGUCGGGGACACGGAUGUGACAAUCUACGGCGAAGCCCCUCUCUUGCUCACCGCCAGUGCCUCCAUCAAGGCGAUAGAGGCGAUGUCGAGCCCCCCCGUGAUCGAUGUAGGAGGCGGCACAGCGCUAUGCUGCACCGCCAGAGGCGUGGCAGGCAGAAAAGCGAAACGGAGCGCGCAGCAGAGCCGCAUCACCUUGGCGGCAUCUCCAUCGUCUGGAGCUCCUCAUCAAGACCAGAACGCGGCACCGGUGGAGGCGGUGGUGGACCUCACGGCAGCCGCGGAGUCCUGCUUCUCGGCUACCGCCGCCAACAUGCACUUCAUCGCCGCCAAUCAUCUCAGCCAGCUCCAGCGCGGCGCAGUUCUUGCGCGGUCCUCUGGUACCGCAGGCCUUCUUGAGCCCAGCACUGGCUACGUGGAGUGCUGUGGAGAAAGGCGCUGCUACUACGUGUAUCCGGUCGAGGACCGUCGAUACGCCGCGGCGGUGAUGCUGCCUGCCGUGGUGUGGCGUCGGCUGGGCGGUGGCGGCGACGGUGCUGCUUAUGCCGAGUGGCUCGUGCACACCGCUCUCCGCGGCAGCGUCGUAUCCGCGAACAGAGUUAUUAGCGGUGACUUGACAACAUGCGCUGCGCACCCGCCUCUCCACACACGGCUUUUGGGCAGUCCACAUGACGUGCACCGCAGCAUGGAGGCGCAGGUGCGACUGCUGGCAGACGUUGUUUUGGAUGGCACCGCGCAGCCGCGCGUGUUUGCGGAGCGCCACUUGGCGCUUCGGCGCAUGUGCCGCGAGCAGCCGUCGCCGCUGCGCACGCUCCCACGCCUGUGGCGGCGAAUUGAGGAGCUUUUGCGGGUCGCCACGAGCUCGACGGACGCGGCGUCCCUCCGUGGCGUCAUGCCGACGAUGGGCCUGCCGAGCACGAAUACGCGCUAUGUACUGGCCGCGUCAGCUGUGUGGUACCGCGGCAACCCUCUCUACAACAGUAGCAGCCCCAUUGGCGCCGCAUGCCGACCAGCGCAGGCCGCCGAGCUGCUGCGUUCUGCAGCGCUGUCCGCGGUGCUGAAGGAACUGAAAAAUGCGGCCGAGGCUGCUAGCAGGGGAAAAGGUAGCGUAGGUGGUGUGGCGUACGCUAGCGCCGAUGAUGCCACCACUCGAUUGACGGCUGUGUGCCUGCUUACGCGUGCGCCGAACGAUAGCGAAGGGAACGCCGGCACAGACACGCGCGUUAGCGGCUACGUAAGUGCGCCGAUGCGCAUCACCUCCUCCGCCCAGUCGGCUGCCGGCGCCUCCAGUGUCACCUCCACUGCCGCACUGCCAUUGGUCUCACUGGCCUUCACAAGCGCUUCAGGUUGGACGGUGGCGCUGCUGCUGCGCGGCAUGCGCACCCCCUUCCUCGGCGCCCCGCUCUCCUCGAUCUUCAGUGGUGUGCAGGUGCUGGUCGAAGAGCACUUUGAAUCCGCCGUCUUUGUGAGCCUCGUGAGCGAGGCCACCGCGGCGAUGCGCAUGACGUGGAGGCGUCCCGUCACACUGCUCUCGCCGCUCAUGGCGCAGCUGGAGGCCGCCAUUCUUGAUAUCCGAGUUGGCCGACGCGGUGGCGCGGCAGCCGCAGCAGCUGCACCCACACGCACACGCGAUGUUCUCCUGUACUACUUCAAUCACAACGCGGCCGCAGCCGCCGCCGCACGCGAAAGCGCUACCGUUUCUGACUCGUCAUGUUCGCCUCCGCCCUCCCUCCUGUCGCGACGGUGCAGAGCAGCGCACGGCGACCCCACUUCAGGUGUGCUGCGCCUCCGUUGUGCACUCGGCGAAGGUGAGGCGUUUGGACUCGCCGGAUCGCAGACGGUUCACGGGGGCGGCGCCGCGGUGGAGGCCGUGCUGCAAGCAGCUGCGCGGUAUGCACAGCUGGCGGCCCGUGUGCAGCGCUGCUGCCGGGGUGCAGGGGCAAAAAGUCGCCGGCUCGGUGGUUGCGGUGCUUCCCCUCCGCCUCUGUAUGCCCAGCGCCGCUGCCAGACGGUGCACUCCGUGCUGAGCGGCAAGGACGUCACCAGAGUGGUACAGGCGGUGCCGCACUGCACCUCCUGGAGUGGUGGUGUCGCCGGGCGCGCUGCAGAGUACGCUGUCACGUACGCGGUAGUGGUGCUGGAGACGAAGACGACGCCCGAGCUGGCGCAUGACGAGUACCGCGCUUUUACAUCGUGGCUGCUGCGCAAGUGCUGCUAA